UGCGCGGGCGCCAUUUUGCCGGAGCCUGCGACCAAGUGGGAGUGGAGUGGAGCGGCGGUUGUUGCCGACUCUUUCCUCCUCCCUACGGUCCAGUCAGCGGGUUGAUCAGGCCAUUGGCCCUCAAGCCGAGACUUGUCUCUUAUUUAGUUCUGGGGAGCGUCUGGCCGACAUGAGUGAUGUAGAGGAGAACAACUUCGAGGGCAGAGUUAAUGUUCGUGAAGAAAUUGAAGAGUUUUUUCCAAGAAUGUGGAAGAUAAAUCAAGAUAAAAGAAGGCUAAUGAAAAGUAUUAAAGAUCAGAAAAUUAAAAUUGAAUGGGGGAAAAAAUUGAACAGAAGAUUGGUCAGAUAGAAGCACUUGAAUAUUUUUUUAAGGCUAUUUUGAAUUGUUUGAAUUGGGGAAGAAUACACGAAGUAUGAAAAAUGAAAAACUCAAUGAAGAAUGAAGAGAAGUAGAAAGCAAGAGUGAAGUAGAAUUAAAAGAAUCUGGAAGAAUGAAUGGGUCCUAGGUUAAGUAAAUGAGUCUCGCUCUCAGUCAAAAUCUCCAGCGGGAACUCCUGCUCGUGUAAAAUCGGAGAGCAGGUCAGGAUCUCGUAGUCCAUCAAGGGUUUCCAAACACUCUGAAUCCCAUUCUCGGUCAAGAUCAAAAUCCAGGUCAAGGUCAAGAAGGCAUUCUCAUAGACGUUAUACUCGAUCCAGAUCCCACUCUCACUCUCAUAGGAGAAGAUCUCGAAGUAGGUCGUAUACGCCAGAAUACCGACGGCGAAGGAGCCGAAGUCACUCUCCAAUGUCUAACCGGAGAAGACAUACAGGCAGCAGGGCGAAUCCAGAUCCCAACACUUGUCUUGGAGUUUUUGGCCUCAGUUUAUACACAACAGAGCGAGAUCUUCGUGAAGUAUUUUCUAGAUAUGGACCAUUGAGUGGUGUCAAUGUGGUUUACGACCAGCGGACUGGACGAUCACGGGGAUUUGCUUUUGUGUAUUUUGAGAGAAUAGAUGACUCAAAGGAGGCUAUGGAAAGGGCAAAUGGAAUGGAGUUGGAUGGUAGAAGAAUUCGUGUGGAUUAUUCUAUCACUAAGAGAGCGCACACACCUACACCUGGCAUCUACAUGGGCAGACCAACUCAUAGUGGUGGUGGUGGCGGUGGCGGAGGUGGAGGUGGAGGUGGAGGUGGUGGCAGGCGUCGAGAUUCUUACUAUGAUAGAGGAUAUGAUCGUGGAUAUGACAGAUAUGAAGACUAUGAUUACCGGUACAGAAGAAGGUCGCCUUCUCCUUACUAUAGUCGAUACAGAUCACGAUCAAGAUCCCGCUCCUACAGCCCAAGACGCUAUUGAUAAUGGAAUGGUUGCAGUUGAGGACUUUUUUUCCCCCCCUUUCUCCUUCCCCUCUCUCUUUUUUAUUCUGGAGUUUCCCAAGCUUCUGAUUCUUCCUACUCCUUAAAAAAAAAAAAAUCCUUGAUUUAUUUAGCUUCUACACUUUUUCAGUUGCAUUGCUGUUUUCCACCCCUUUUAUUAUACUCUUAAGGAUGUAAUUGUUGUCAUUUUGAGUAGUUAAACACCUUGAGUAAAAAAAAGGAACCCAUUGUUAAGUUUUUGUAUCAUUUUUCUUUGCCUUUACAGAGGAUUAACUCCUAGCUAAUUAUAUGAGGAAAGAAAUGAUCUUUUUAAAGCUUUCAUGUCAGAUAUUGUAUUAGACACUGUAUUAGAGAUCUGCAUUUAUGAGGACUCCUUUUUUAACUUUUUUUUGGGGGGAAAAUAGUAACAUGAAGUAGUUCAGUCAUGUCACAUUUGUCUGAGGUGGCAUAGAACAAAUAGUUGAGUGUAAAAAGUUUGAAGCUAUAGAAGAAAACACUUGGACAUUUCUUUUGAAGAAUGUAAUUUUUGAACCCUAAAAAUUAAGUCACUUUUUUAGAGAUUACAAGCUUGUGGAUUCCUACAAAACAUGUUGUAUUUGAAAUACAUCUGUUAAACUUUACAAACUUAAAGUGUGAUUAUUUUUGUGUGUGUGUUAAACUCAUUGAGUUAGGUAUAUCCUUAAUAAGUGAAAGACAACCCUUUAUUUAUUAUUUAGAGCAAUUGUAUAGUUUGCUGUUAGAAAUUUUGGUAUUAGGACAUUGGUUAAGCAGGCUGUUAUAUAGGAUAGAGUCCUUAGAAGAUACAUGUGGGAGAAAAGUAGUUUUCUUUCAAAUAAAAGUUACUUCUUGGAAAA